GAGGGAAAAGGAAGGAGAUAUGGCAACGGACUUGAAGUGCUGUGGGACUGAGUUCUUCCUCUACGUGCUGGGAAUAGUUGGGCUGGUUGCCUUUGCUGGGUUGAUGGCUGGUUUGACACUGGGUCUCAUGUCUCUGGGUCUCGUCGACCUCGAAGUCCUCAUCAAGUCCGGCCGUCCCCAAGAUCGUAUCCAUGCCGCUAAGAUAUUUCCUGUGGUAAAGAAUCAGCAUCUUCUGCUAUGUACUCUAUUGAUAGGCAACUCUUUGGCUAUGGAGGCUCUUCCUAUAUUUUUGGACAAGCUCGUGCCUCCAUGGGCUGCAAUUGUGAUAUCUGUGACCCUGAUACUCAUGUUUGGAGAGAUAUUGCCACAGGCAAUCUGUACUCACUAUGGCUUGAAAGUUGGAGCUGCUGCUGCACCACUUGUCCGUGUGCUUCUUAUUCUUUUUUUCCCAAUUUCUUAUCCAAUUAGUAAGGUUCUGGAUUGGAUGUUGGGUAAGGGACAUGCUGCUCUUUUACGGAGAGCAGAACUAAAGACUUUUGUGGACUUCCAUGGCAAUGAGGCUGGUAAAGGAGGGGAUCUGACACAUGAUGAGACUACUAUUAUUGCUGGUGCUCUUCAAAUGACUGAAAAAACUGCAAAAGAUGCCAUGACACGUAUAUCAAAAGCAUUUUCCCUUGAUCUGGAUGCAACUCUUACCUUGGAGACUUUGAAUGAGAUAAUGACAAUGGGUCAUAGUAGAGUUCCAGUUUACCAUGGAAAUCCAGCCAAUAUUAUUGGGCUUAUUCUGGUUAAAAAUCUUUUAAGUGUUGAUCCAAGGGAUGCAGUUCCUUUGAGAAAAAUGAUCAUAAGAAAAAUUCCUCGGGUAUCAGAAGAUGUUGCCCUAUAUGAUAUUUUAAAUGAAUUCCAGAAGGGUCAUAGCCAUAUUGCUGUUGUAUACAAGGAUCUGAAUGAGACUAAAGAAACAGCCAGCCUUCAGUUCAAGGACAGCUGCAAGAAGUCAAGAGGCCAACCUGAGACGGUGUUGAAAAGAGAUGUUAAGGAGGAUGGUUGCACUGCCUCUACCCAAAAUUUGGGGCUUGGUUUGGCCUCACAAGAUGCUCAAACACCUGCUCCUAGCAGUGAUGGAGGUCAACAGAUGAAGAAGAGUCCACCAAUUACUCCUGCCUUUAAGAAGCGACACAGAGGUUGUUCAGACUGCAUUCUGGACAUUGAAAAUGCUCCAAUUCCAGAGUUCCCAUCCAACGAAGAGGUUGUUGGUGUUAUUACCAUGGAGGAUGUUAUUGAAGAACUUCUUCAGGAGGAGAUACUUGAUGAGACCGAUGAGUAUGUCAAUAUUCAUAACAGGAUAAGGGUCAACAUGCAUGCCUCUCAGGAAAAGGUUUCUAGUUUGAAUUCCAUGCAGCCUUCUUCCAGUCACUUCUCUGUCACCUCCACCCGAAAAUCACUGUCACCAAUGCCUGCUGGAGGUCUUGCUCAACGUUCAUCUGUUUCUCAUCACCUGGCAGCCCUUGGUCCCACAACCCCGCCCCUCCCAAUUUCUAGCAAUACUUCAAUUGCAGGUUCACCUGCCUUGCCACAACAAGUUUCUGGAGAUCACUCAUUAAAAGAUAGGUGAUAUUAAGCAUUUUUCAUUUUCCUUGUUACAAAAUAAUCAAACAUAGAUGAAGUCAGAAGGAGACGCCAAGAUAGUUUCUUGGUAAUAGCUAAUAGCAUAUCCGGCAUAAAUUUUAGCAAGGACCAUACUGCAACAUAAACUACAAUUCUAUAUAUGUACAGAAGUAAUGUUUUCUUUUUGGUGUGAGCUUAAUGUAAAAGAACUAACUCAGACAUUAUUUGACCAGGCAGUGAUGAUUUGUAUUUGUUAAUUGUAAUUAAAGUUAACGUGUAAUUUCCACGCCGAAAUAAUAGUUACAAUGUAUG